AACAAACUUAAACCUGCCCCGCGAGUCCGCGACUGCGAGUGCGAGUGAGAGGCAGCCUUUAACGAACAGAGAAAAUAACGAGGCAGAGCAGUGGUAGAGACUAGAGACUACAGAGCAGCAGCAGAGUAGUCCAACUGUCCUAACCAGACUCUUCUUCUCGCGAUCUUCUCCUCGUAAUCAACCACACGCGCAAGGCUCUUCUUUUGUCCUCUUCUGGUCCCUCUUCAUAACUCCUCUGCUCCUCCCCGCCUCUCUCUCCCUACUCUUUUCAGGUUUUUGAUUUUCACAGACAAGCAACACAAACACUCUCUCUCACUUAUGGCGGCCGCAGGUCAUAUUUCCGCGAGGUUUUCUACUGCGGAUCAUCGCGUUUUGUCUUCUUCUAGGAAUCUUAGCGAUGUUCAAUCGCUGUUCGAUUCUAGAAUCCGACGGAGAUACGUCUUUCAGAAGCGUAUGCCAGCCGUCAGAUCGAUCAAAAUUUCUGAGGAGAAUCAAAGUGACCAACUUUCCUCCCAAAAUGGUCCUUUUACUCCUGAGAAGCUGAACUCGUCCCCUGAGGUUACCGUAAGUAGUCAUCCUCUGGGGCUGACCAAGUUGGGUUCAAAUGCUCGGAGGAAGACGAAGAUAGUUUGUACAAUUGGUCCUUCGAGUAGCUCACGUGAAAUGAUAUGGAAGCUCGCAGAAUCUGGAAUGAAUGUGGCUCGUUUAAAUAUGUCACAUGGAGACCAUGCAUCUCAUCAGAAAACUAUCGACCUGGUUAAAGAAUACAAUUCUCAAUUCGAGGAUAAGGUCAUAGCAAUAAUGUUGGACACUAAGGGUCCUGAGGUUAGAAGUGGAGAUGUGCCUCAACCAAUUUUGCUCAAGGAGGGACAAGAAUUUAAUUUCACAAUCAAAAGAGGAGUCAGCACAGAAGAUACCGUUAGCGUAAAUUAUGACGAUUUUGUUAGUGAUGUAGAGGCUGGAGACAUUCUACUGGUAGACGGUGGAAUGAUGUCAUUGGCUGUGAAGUCAAAGACAAAGGAUUCGGUAAAAUGUGUAGUAAUUGAUGGUGGAGAACUAAAAUCAAGACGUCAUUUGAAUGUACGUGGAAAGAGUGCUACACUGCCCUCAAUAACAGACAAAGACUGGGAAGAUAUCAAAUUUGGGGUGGACAACCAAGUCGAUUUCUAUGCUGUAUCCUUUGUGAAGGAUGCCAAAGUGGUCCAUGAAUUGAAAAAUUACCUAAAAAGCUGCAAUGUGGAUAUCUAUGUCAUCGUGAAAAUUGAAAGUGCUGACUCUAUACCUAAUCUUCAUUCAAUACUUUCCGCAUCUGACGGGGCAAUGGUUGCUCGCGGAGAUCUUGGAGCCGAACUUCCAAUUGAGGAUGUCCCUUUAUUGCAGGAAGACAUCAUCAGAAGGUGUCGCAGUAUGCAGAAACCAGUCAUUGUGGCGACAAACAUGCUAGAAAGCAUGAUUAAUCAUCCAACGCCAACAAGAGCAGAGGUUUCUGACAUUGCAAUUGCAGUGCGAGAAGGUUCUGAUGCAAUCAUGCUCUCUGGAGAAACUGCACAUGGGAAGUAUCCAUUGAAAGCAGUGAAGGUUAUGCAUUCCGUAGCAUUGAGGACGGAGUCAAGCUUACCAGUUAGCACUGCUUAUCCAAAUCUUACUUCCUAUAAGAGUCAUAUGGGUGAAAUGUUUGCUUUCCAUGCCACAACAAUGGCAAACACACUUAAUACUCCAAUUAUUGUUUUCACAAGAACUGGAUCCAUGGCUGUACUUUUAAGUCAUUAUCGGCCUUGCUCAACAAUCUUUGCCUUCACAAAUGAAGAGAGGAUUAAGCAGAGGCUGGCACUUUACCAAGGCGUCAUGCCCAUAUCUAUGCAGUUUUCCAAUGAUGCAGAGGAGACCUUCUCCCGAGCACUCAAGCUGUUACUGAAUAAGGGCCAGUUGAUGGAGGGAGAACACGUUACUCUUGUUCAAAGUGGAGCACAACCAAUCUGGCGUGCUGAAUCUACACACCACAUUCAAGUUCGUAAGGUCCAAGGCUGAUUUUGCUCACUUGACAAGGUCUUUUGGCUUUAUUUUUUGUCUUACUUAAUAUCAAGCAUUAUUUAUUUCAAUUAUGAAAUGGCAAUAAGAUAUUGUGCUAAGUUUAGAUUUGGAAAACACAUAAUCAGUUUGAAAAUCACAAUGCUAGUUUGUUAACUGAGUUCUUUGAUGUGAAAGAAAUACUCUACUGGAUGGAUUAUGGAUGUUAUGAAGAUAACCCAUCUGAAUCGAAUGCCUAUUUCUGUGUA